AUGAGUGAGAAGAUGGAAACUAUUUACCUGAUAUUAGAGAAGGCGAUUUUGUGGUCUGGUGAUACUGAGUCUCUACAAGACUUUAGAUCCUGGACCACCGAAUUUGAUGGAUAUCCCGCAACAGAAUUGAUGUCCAGCCUCUUGGAGUACGAUUCAAAGCUUCGACGCAUAACUCAACUUGAGGAGUAUCUCCGUGAACAGGUCCAAGAUUUGGCAGGAAAAGAGAUUACAUUGCGGGAACACGAAAGGCUACAAGUUCUCCAACCACAAUUAGAAGGUCUAAGAAAAAGCUAUUGUAUAUCCGAACAUGGCCGGUUGGAACUCAUGGACCGAUUAAAAGGCCCUGUUCUACGAGGGUUUAUGGAGUGUCGAUCAAACCGAAGAUGGUAUCUUGGUGAUACACUCCGUCGAAGUUGCGCAGAACGGGGGGGGGUUGCUGUGGCCGUGAAUGAGUUGGUCAUUGUACCUUUGACUGUGGAUGCUGCUCUAAAGCCCGAGGAUUUGAUUUCACAUCAAAGGAGAAAGAAGAGCUCUAUGCCAAGCAUCGCCGCCUGGGUCGCUGUCUUGACUGCCCUCUGUGUGUUCGAAUGGUAUCUGCAUCGUUUUGGGGGUCUGAAUAUGAAGAGUUUCACUUGCUUAGGAAAUGGAAAUGGUGGCUCAAUGUGA